AUGAAGCCCACCCCGUCCACAACAGCCCUCCUCUUUCUCCGCCGCCGCCGCCUGUCUCCCCUCCCGAACCCCCCGUCUCCGACCCUCUUCGUCGCCCAGCGGGCGAUGACGGCCUCACUCACACAGCACCGCAGCGUGACAACAACAACAACCACCACCGCCACCACCAACACCACGCCGGCCGUGAUACGGCCCUCCGACGCCGAGAUCCGUGACCAGGCGCUCUCCCCGCGCAACCUCGAGCUCGCCGUCCGCCACCUCCACGCCGACGGCCUCGUCGUCGUCGAGGACGUCGUCCCGCACGCCGACAUCGACGCCCUGAACCGCAAGAUGGUCGAGGACGCGCUGCACCUCCAGUCCCUCGGCGACGAGGGGCCCUUCAACUACAACCUGGGCAACCUGCAACAGGACCCUCCGCCCGUGGCGGAGCACUUUUACAAGUCCAUCUUCACCAACCCCGUCGCGACGCAGAUCACGUCCUCGGUCCUCGGCCCCCGCCCGAAGCUCACCUUCCUCUCCGCAAACUCCGCCAUGCCCACCUCGCCCUCGCGCCCGCCCCAGCGCCAGCCCGUCCACUCGGACGCCGACUUCGCCCACCCGUCGCACCCCUUCGCCCUCGUCGUCAACGUCCCGCUCGUCACCAUGACGCCCGCCAACGGCUCGACGGAGCUCUGGCUCGGCACCCACGCCGCCGCCGACGCCUACGCCGCCGCCCAGGAGGGCGCCCACGGCGACCGCGCCAGCGGCCGCAUCCGCGACGCCGCCCUCGCCGCCCGCCGCGCCGCCCGCCCGCCCUCCCAGCCCGCCGUCCGCAAGGGCAGCCUCGUCGUCCGCGACCUGCGGCUCUGGCACGCUGGCAUGCCCAACCGGACCGACGACGUCCGCAUCAUGCUCGCCAUGAUCCACUUCGCGCCGUGGUACCGGAACCGCAUGCGGCUGACCCUCGCCGACGACGUGAGGCCGCUCCUCGACGCCGCCACCGACGGCCGCCUGGAGGUCCCCGUCGACUGGGUCAGCCGCGAGGAGGCGCUGCGGACGUACCUGGGGAGGGGGUUCGGGAACAGCUACGACUUUGACCAGGAGCCGUGA